GCCUGGCGAGCUUGGUGGAUUAUCCGGUCGUGAUCACGGUUCGCGUAUAGUGCCAAUCGCUGAUUAAAGGGUUUAUCCGCACGAUCGCAAUGGAGGGAUGAUUGGAAUCGGUGCGUGCGAGGAAUGUGGUGUUCUCGCGCGUUUAUCGUAAUUAGAUACAUUUGCGAGUUCAUAAGGGUAGAAAGUAUAUUAUUGACGUGAGGAGGCGGUGGCACGGCCAUGGCGCUAGUGUGUUGCCAGCAUUGAACGGUAGAUGUCGCGCCGUUCGUCGCGGUCCACCCUGCCGUUGGAAUGCUUUCGAGUUGUCAACGAGCGGUGUUCGCGGUUUUCGCGUUUAUCAGGACACUCUGGACAAUCCAAAUUAAAUCCAUACACGUGCACUGGAAUUACUGAGGACUCGUUGAGACCUGUACAACGUCUACAGGGAGGCGUGUGGCUGGAUAUCAAACAUCCCGUGACCAUUAACCAUCGGUACACAGUGUUGUUGUGUGGCAAACGGUGCUUCCGGGGAAUUUAAUAAACGUUCCAUUGAUUCCUGGUGACUCUCAGAACUACAUGGAACGUAUUUAAGUUUUGUAAAAGUCCAGAGUCAUCUUUAGUUUGUUGACAGUGACCUCGCGAGUUGCUAGUAAAACGGAACACGGGAGUGUCGGCCACCAUUUUGGGUGCGCGAGGUUAUUUGGCUCUUCGUUGCACAUUGACGAUUUUCACCAGUGAAAAGGAUCAGCUUUUAUCUUAUAACGUGUUAUAUUUUAUUUUGAUAUAUUGUGCUACUUCGAUCCAGUGUUUAGUGAACAAAUUCGGGAAUUUCUAUAAGCUGUUAAUCAGCACUUUACAGAGAUGAAUAUCUUUCCACCCCUUGAGUGUUAAGCUGGCUCCGCAGUCAGCUGGUCGCUGUAGUUGGGCGUCGUUAUUCGGAAGGAAGACACGUAGGCUGUUUUCAUCAGUGCCAAUAUUGUACACAGUGAUCAAUUAUUAUAUACGGAUCAUCCGUAGUGCUUGUCCCUUCUUCUUUAUUUACUUCUGUAGUUCGAUAAUCGGUUUUCAAUGCGCGUCGGAUUUCGUCGUCAGCGAUUACGUUGUAAAUGCGAGUGCCGUGGGAUAAGUGCUGCUAAACGAAAGGGGCUUAUUUUUCAAGUGUCAUCGACCUCGUUUCUCGACGAUCUAUGUACCACAUGUCGCGUAGAUCUACGUUGUGAAUGCAACUUAAUUGUUUGUCGCCAGGAACAAAGAACACGUAACGAUACAGACACGUAUCCUGAGACAAGAAUCAACUGAGUAAUGGCACUGGGAUGUGACACGAAACGGAUUGUGAUAGUCAAUAAAAGUGCAAUAAAUAAAAAUAUAAGACGGAUCAGGACGCAGAUGGCGACGUCAGACGUCUCGGUGUAAAAUACGAACGGAGUGUUGUACGACGUCAAGCAGGAAAUAUGCAAAAUCGGAAUUACAGGUGUCUAGUAUUUUUUAGAAAUUUAAAAAAUCUUUUUCGUUCACAAAAACAUUUUGUUAUGCCGGAGUCUCUACCAUGAGAACACCCUGGACACCUAGGGAACACGAGGUUCUCUAUCAAGCAAGUCGAUGUUGGUUGCUUGCUGGAUCAUCAUUGUGGAAUCCAAUACGAGAAAGCAUCGCGACGCAUUCGCUUCUUCGAGCUAGACGUCAAUAAAAAGUAUUCAUGAUGGUUUUAUCAGUAUCACUAUUAAAGGAGGAUAAACGCUGACUCCUGAAGUAUCACCAGAGUGUGAUUGUCCAGGUAUCGCAGUUCACUUCUAUUUACAUUAAGCGAAUAUCAUUGCGAUUUUCAUUUGUCGGGAUUACUUGUAAUUAAUCACGAUUCGAUAUCACAGUGCUCGUAUAUUCAUCAAGAGUGAAGCGUCGUUAUUUGUGGAUCAGUGUUGUACAGUGAAUCUUAUCGUUUAUCACAAUACCGAAGGAUUAUCGCGUCCAGGAUACGUCGCGACGCAUCAAGAAACGAUAUACCAUCUUAGGCGUAUCUCCCAAUGGACUUCAGGUACCGGCUGCUAAUUUACAUCCCACCGGAUGGACCAUGGUGAAGUCAAGGCCUUUACUAUCUAGAGAAUACCUGGCAUGCGUAGGCUGAAGGAGGCACCAAGUGGCGAGUGCAGCAGAGGUGGGACUGCGAGUUUAGGGGUUGCUACCCCUAGUUUAGGGGUGGCUGCUAACGGUACGAGAAUCUUCCUCGAGGAAGGCCUCGUCGCCCUUGUGCGGAUCGAGGGCCGGUGAGCACCGGCACGGGGCGAGCACCCCUAUUGUCACGUUCAGCGACCGAAAACCCUCCCUUCGGCAACCGUAAACGAACAACAGAACAGAUGUCCUGACAGCGGGCCCCGGGCCACCAGGAUGCCGACGGACGACGACUAUGGCCGAAGAGAACGUCUCCUGUUGCAUCAGCACGCCACAUCGCAAUACGAGAGCCAGUCGCCAUCACCGGCGCCAGGAUCAGUCGGCGGAAGUAGCAGCGGAAGUUCGGCAGGCCAGGUCGCCCCGGGUACCCAGCAGGACAGAUCGACGGGCACGGGGUCAAGUAAUGUCCAGGAACGUGUUACCGAGCACGUGGAAAGCUCCUACGGGGGAAGAACGUGCGCGGAGAAACCUGAUGAGAAUAAUCGUGGACAGUACGUCGCAUCUCAUCAGUACCAGAGACAGAAUGGACCUGGUGAACGAUAUUGCAGGUAUGUCCAGGACAAGCCUGAGUCCUGCAGCUCCAUGGAGUCAAGUAGAUUCCAGCAGGUCGACGUACGUCCGGACGGGGAUUACACGAGUGCACCAGGUAUGCUGUCUACGUCGACCUCGAAUCCGUUCUCGUCGGAGACGUUCCCGUCGCCGCCUUCACCGGCGCCAGCCAACGACCGCUUUAUACCGCCACCCCCAUUAUCGCCGACCCCUAGCGAGAAGUACGCCUCAAGUCAGAGCCUUGCUGGCUUUGGCUCUGCUGAUCGAAUGCUCCCACCUGGUUCACCCGGGGCCAGAGAUCGCUUUGGGACCGCUCCAGCAUCUCCCAUGCCUUCAUCCAAGGAUCGUUUCGCAUCCGCCGAGCGACUCCUGGUUAAUGCAUCGCCGAUUCAUGAGCCCAAGGAUCAGCAGCGAUACUCCGCUACAUCCUGUGGAUCACCGAUCAUGGCCGCUUUACAAUCUGACCGCUCCUUCGUCUCAUCCAAGGACUCUGGAAGUUGCAGAUACGCCAUCUCCACGGACAGACUCCUGUCAUCCUCGCCGAUACACGCACCGGUGCCUGAGAGGUUCGCCAGUAAGAGCGAACGCUUCCUGGCGGAGUCUUCCAUCCACGAGAGGUACCUCAGGCAAGACCCAGGACACCACGAGAGGUUCUCGACAAUCUCAAGCACCGAGAGGUUUCUUUCGAGUUCGCCAAAUCCCGAGGGUGCGCACCAGAGGUACUCCUCGACAGAGAGGGUCCUGGUGCCGUCUUCAGCCGCGGAUCAGAGCUCCCAGACACAGAGGCGAUUCUCUAGCACGGAGACCCGAGGGAUCGAGUCUCUAUGCGGAAAGUACAGUCAGGAACGAUCUGAAAGGUGUUCCAGUAGUUCGCCAGCACCUAGUGAAUACGCCGCCAGGUUCGCUGCCUUCCAGGAUAGCCUGGCCUCGCAGCAGAGAUUCGUCACUGCCGACAGAUACGCCGAUCUUCAACGUUACGGACCCAGCAGAGGUGUUCCCGACCGUUUCGUAUCCACGGAGAGGUUCCUGGCUGUCUCGUCCCCAGGACACGACAGACUCGGUACCAACGUCUCCACCGAGAAUCGUUACUCCACUUCUUCCGAACGACUCCUGUCCUCCGCGUCGCCAUCAUCCGAAACAGGAAGGUACCACGUGUCCACCGGUACCAACGACCGGUUCUCCCUGUCUCCUACCCCGGAAGCUAACAUCUCCAGGUUCGGUCAGAACGGGUCAAAGGUCAGCGAGAAAUACCUGGCCGUGUCGAAAUCCAUUCAGAGCUACAACACUGGCGACAGGUAUCAAGAUCAAUUCGACAGAACCAAUCAUCAGGAGCGUUACAACCGCGACUCUGGACUGGAUAGGUUCUCCAGUCAGGAUCCUCGAUUUUCCGGAAACGAUCGCUUUCAUGGAAACCCCGAGCGAUACUCGCCGGCCCGCAGCACUGCGGACAAGUACCUGUCUCUACCGAAGCCUAAGGAUCGCUUCAGUUCGGCUGGUAGAAUAGUGUCGACGUCAUCAGCGAGCUACGUACCCCCUACGGCGCACACCCCCGUAGAACGUUACGUGCCUCAGCCACCUCCUGAGAUACUGUACCCCGAGAGAUACGUCGACCGAUACGUACCACCUGCGGCACACACACCUACGGAUAGGUACGUGCCUGCGGCUGAUCCUGGGGAUCCUUACAUGAGAAGAGACUUGGGCUUUCAUCAUCAUUAUCGGCUACCACCCCCGGGCUACCCUUAUCAUCAGUCCCAUUAUCGGUUUCGUGGAUUCGCCUAUGCCUCACCCGGAAGACUAGGCGGAAGUCCUGGUUCCAGCAGCUCCAGUAGCUCGACUUCCGCCCAGCGUGAAUUUGCCACGUCGCCUUUACUCAGACCCAAAGUGCGAACUACCCCCGUUGAAUUUAACACGGGAAGACACAUGACCACCGGAAGUACACCGGUCUGCUGUACGGAAGCCGCUGCCACUCCCAAUCAUAGGGUUUGCUGUGCUCCCGUUCGAAGAUCCAUGCCGCCAGAGGCGCUGCCUUCCAUACCGACGCAGACUUCACAUUCCUCUUGGCAACCAUCUCCCAGCUCUGGGACUACAGGUACGUCCACUGUCUCGUCAACUGGUCCAGAUGUCGAGACGACUUCGCAGAGCAUUGGCAUGUACCCCGUCGGCGUCGGGAGCGCCGCGACGUCGACGGAAACGCCGACGACGCCACCGAUCACCACGACACCACCCGUGCCUUUGACUACUACCGGCGGUCUUACCGGCAUCGGGACGAUCGUCAAUCCAAAUCUUGUCAGGAGCGUCUCGGCGCCUAUGGCGCCUAGACCUGUCAUGCAACCCACCAUGAGCUCUGUUAGUGCGUCGGCUACGCGAAGACCUAGACUUAGGCGGAAUAUGAGUCGAACCGAAGCAGUUCGAAAUUACAUCAAGAGAGAGACUGCUACCUUCUUCGGAGUCGACGAGGAAUCGGAAGCUUUGGAGAGACAGAGAUGGCUUGGACGUCGACGUCGUAUGGCGUCCAGGAAGUACGGUGCGCUACUUCCGGAACAUAGACCACCUGACCCCGACAUCACCAGGGACGUACCGGACUCCACUGAGAUCCCGGAGGGCGUUGUACUAAGAAGAUGGCAGCAACCAGUACGCAGGAAAGAUUCCGUCGCCAGGAUGACCUUAUCAGGACUUCACUACAUGGUUGAGACGCUGACUCGACAAAGGCCACGAGAGAGGUCACAAAUUUAUCCAGAGUCACGAAGUUUUCCAGUAAGUGCCAUUUCCAUGGUUCCCAAAACCUCAUCUUCGUCUACGGAUGCUGGAUUGAACGAAGAGGAAUCCUUUUUUGAGAGACCACCGCCGCCGCCACCACCACCUACACCACCUAGUCAAUCGUCGGUACAGCAAGACACUGCUGCUUCCGGUACCACUGUCAAGGACGAAGAGGUCACUGAUACCGUGAGUGAUCUUCUCGACGCCCCGGUCUCUAGUGAUCGGGAAACAUCUGAAGAGUUGGUCAGAUUCACAACGCCGAAGGACGAUAGGACGUCAAUAGAACAGCAAAUCAGACGACCUCGUGCGAUCUCUAGGGACCACUAUACUUCAAGCAUCCAUUCGUCUCCCACUAACGCAGCACUCUGUCCUGAAGUCCUCAAAGAAAUACAUUACCAGGAUCGAAAUCACCUUGACUUGGACAAGGAUCCUCAGGAAGCUUUUACUCGUCAAACGUCAAGUUGGCGCAGGUCACGGGACGUCCUGGGUCCUGAAGAUGAGGUCACAGGUGGUCUGCAGUACGACGAGCCAGUCAACCUCAGGAGGGAUAUAAACGGCGCCACCAGGAUAUCACCAAGUACCAUCGACAGGGUCUUUGACAACAGCAAUAGACGUCAAUACGGCAUGGGAAUCGUUGGCAGAUUUUUCGGGAGAUCGUUCCGGAAGAGCGUGGCACAUAAACCGGAUGUAAAGAAGCAACUUGACGACAUCGAAGAUCAUCGACCUUACUUCACUUAUUGGAUCACGACCGUUCAGGUCCUCAUACUAAUAAUAUCACUCGCUUGUUAUGGAUUUGGUCCAGUUGGGAUUAAUCUAAACCACAGAUCAGGAUUGGUACUCGUGACCAGUCUUUCGUUGCAACAGGUCGACUAUCAGGAACCUGCAAACUUCUGGAUCGGUCCCAGGGCGGCGGAUCUCAUUCAUCUUGGUGCGAAAUUUGCGCCGUGCAUGAGACGCGAUAUUAAAAUUCUCAAGGAAAUUGAUGUUUGGCGGGAACGAGAGCGCGACACUGCCUGUUGCAUCAGGAACGAUGACUCUGGAUGCGUUCAAUCUAGCAAGGCGGAUUGUUCUGUCCGGGGAUUGAGAUCAACCGUCACGAAUACAAUAUCAACCUGGAAGAAAUGGGGACCUGGAGAUAAUGGACCAGGAGGACGUAUAAGCGGUUCAGUUUGUGGAUUGGAUCCAAAAUUUUGCGACGCUCCAGCAAGCAUAGCGCCAUAUGAAUGGCCAGAUGACAUAACAAAAUGGCCGAUCUGUCGAAAAACAAAUCCCUUCAGUCAGCGUUUUAGUAGCAAGGACGGCGUCCAGCAGGGGAACAAUAAUUUUCCAGUAGGCCGUUACAAGGAUAAAAUGGCGGAGCAUAUGGUCUGUGAAGUCAUUGGUCAUCCAUGCUGCAUCGGUAUCCAUGGAAUGUGUCGGAUCACCACCAAAGAAUAUUGUGAUUUCGUUCACGGUUACUUCCACGAGGAAGCUUCCUUGUGCUCACAAGUCGAGUGCCUCCACGAUGUCUGCGGCAUGAUACCCUUCCUUCAUCCAGAAUGGCCGGAUCAGUUUUAUAGGCUCUUUACCACCAUGUUCCUCCAUGCCGGGAUCCUUCAUCUAGCCAUUACCCUGCUGGUCCAGUACUUCCUUAUGAGGGACUUGGAGAAGCUCACCGGAUCUUUGCGAAUUGCAUUGAUCUACUUCGUGGGUGCACUGGCCGGAAAUCUUGCCAGCGCCAUAUUCGUACCGUACAGAGCAGAGGUGGGACCUGCAGGAGCGCAUUUUGCACUGUUGGCAACACUGGUUGUCGAGGUGCUGCACUGUUGGCCAAUGCUGAAGCAUCCUCGUCGUGCCCUGAUGAAGCUAAUAAUGAUCUUGCUGGGUCUUCUGAUCCUGGGUGUCCUACCAUGGAUAGAUAACUACGCCCAUCUAUUUGGCUUCAUCUUCGGCUUCCUGGCCGCUUACGCCCUAAUGCCUUUUAUCUCUUUCGGCCAUUACGACCGUCGUCGCAAGAUCCUCCUGAUCUGGGUCUGCAUGAUCCUCAUAGUUGGCUUGUUUGCCCUCCUCCUCACGCUGUUUUACAACGUGCCCGUCUACGAGUGCGAGGUCUGCAAACUCUUCAACUGCGUCCCCUUCACCAGGGACUUCUGCGCCUCCCAGAACAUCAACUUCAAACGCGAGGAACCUGUAUGACACACGGGGCCGCGGUUCCAAGUCGAGCGCCAAGUACCGUUCGGCCCCCUCUCGCCCGCUCGUCAACCUAACCACGAUAAUCAACCAUCUCUAGACUUUGACCAUCUUCUUGGAGUUGUGGAUACCGCCAGGAAUCUUAUUUGGCCUGUGGGACUCCUCUGUAUAAGUUACUGCACCAGACAUUGCAAUUGGAUCUGUCAUCUAUCCUAGAGAAAGGAUUUGUUUUGAUAUCAAACAAGAACCGGAUGCUCUGCUUCGAGGACUCAGGCUUAACCGCAUCCUGGGUUUUUUGGAUCACAUUAGUCUGAAUGGAUGUCUAUAGCAAUCUGUGCGUGUACAAGAGAUGAAUAAAGAUCACGCCCUAACAAAGCUUGUCGCAUACUGCCAAUCGAAAAAACAUUAAACCGCGUCGUUGGACGUUGAAUAAGAAUGCCUUAAAAUUAACCGAUCGCUCUACCGGUUACAUUAUGACGGAUCGCCGUGAAUCCUCCAGGUACGUGGUGAAUCGUCACGCUCGGGGAAUUGUAAAUAUUAGAUAUAUACUGAUUAUGCGAAUCGAAGCGACGAUCACAACUGUCGAUUCGGCGAUCGUGCAUUCUCUGGAGACUCUUCUUAUCGCGACGUGAAUACGAGGAAGAACGAGACGGACUUCUUGUUGAUGAGACUGUGCAAGAAGAUGACGCUUAUGUUAAAGGAGACAAAGAGGAGAAGCAAAGAUAUUAAAUACGAAAGACAUUAAAAUGUACAUAGCUGAUGCCUGUCACGCCUAUGACAGAGAAUUAACGUGUAGGCGAUAGAGGGACUUUCAAAGGUGCACGCGUCACGCGAAAGUGUUUGCGAUUAAAUAAAAUAUUGUCACUUGUGAUUUAGGAGUUAGUUUCUCUCUUUUUUUUUUUUAAAUCGUUCCGUCACGACGAACACGAAGAGUCCUCAAUGGGACGUUGAUGCCGAAGACUUGUGAGCUUACACUUAAACGGACUACCAAGAACACGAGAGAGACUUAAAAAAAAUGUUUAAAUCGCGUGUGCCCUAACGAAAUGAUUUUAAAGUAAAAGAAGGUGAAGACGAUGACGCGGACUAUAUUUAAAGAAAAUUAACUGUGCGUCAGUAGACGAGGAGUGAUUUCAAAUCAAUUUUUAUAUGUGGGAUAAAAGAAAGUCGAGAUAUCAGAACUCUUAAUUAAUUAAUUGGAAUUGUACAUAGAAGAAAACGUAAAUGUGGAUGACGAUGAUGAUAAUGAAAAUACUCAUGAUAUUCGCAUAGACGCGUGAACGACAGGUGGAAAACGUGUUGAUCGAAUAACACGUUUAAUUCACCAAUGCGCGUAAAAUACGUUGUACACUUACGGUCCGUUCAUUAAACAUGGGACUUAAUUAUCGUACCAUUGUGAAUGUGUAUUUUAUUAUAAACGAGCAUGUAAAUGUACGCGCGAAAAUGACGGCGCGUCGUCAGAGAGAGGAGAACGUAGUCCGUGCCCGGAACGCCAGCGAUUGUCAGUUAUCGAUGAAAUUACCGCUAAAGCAUUUAAUUAUAAUUAAACGACGAUUACCGAUUGUCGGUGAAUUAUAUUGACAGGGAGAAUCGGAUUGAAAAUGUGCCACGAUGGAAAUCACGAAGAGAAAACCCAUAACGUUUAUAUUAUACUGGGUGUAUAUUGUAAAUUAUGGCGAGGCUCGUCGACGACAGUGGCGCGAUCUUGCGGCAAAAAAAAUUAUUCAAUUUAAACUUUCAAAUUCAAUUAAUUUUAAUUCAAGCAACUAGCUGUAGUCUCUCUAGAUAUGAAUAUCAUGAAAAUCAACAAAACAUCAUUACUGUCCGAUUCAAAUUGGACUUAGCGGUUUUUCCUAGAUUCAAAUCAACAAACAAACAAUCAUAAUCAAGAUGGCAGAUAGAAUUUCUCUUAUCGCAAGGUCCGGGCGGUUGUCGAUCAGCAGGAAUUCUCUUAUAAGACUAAGUAGAAGCGUAAGGAUAAACAUUAUUAAUUAAACGACGUAAUACGGAUACAAUUAACGAGACAUUGCGCGCUGCCCUUUUAUAAAUCCUCCAACGUGCAUAAGCUCUUUCGCGUCGCCCACUUCUCCACCCCAAAAAACAAAUUCCAUCCAAUUCAUAAAGAAAAAACAUUCAAAAUACAAAAGUUUGCCAAAAAAAGUCGUACCAACCUAUUAAUAUUCACAACUCGUAAUCUCAUAAAUUAAAUGCUAGUCAUCAGUCUAACUUUUCUUCUUGUUCAUCUUUUUUUUAUUUUAUCAGACAUGUCUGACUGGUUUGCGCGCGAAAGAGUUGCCAUUUGAAUUUCUCACGCUGACACUGGCUCCACGAAUGACACAUUCCUCGGCUGCACUCAAUAAUGGAAUAUAGAGAAUCGAAGUGAAGAAGAUUUUAAACCGUGAACAAUGUAAAUCCUCGACAACACGAAAACACUCCUCGCACACUCAGAUAAUUCAUAGUAAUAAUCACAUGUGAAUAUUGGACACGUCCCCACUGUAUAACAGAGUACACUGAAUAUGAAUACGUGCAAGAGUAAGAAGGACCGCGUGUGUUGCGUGCAUAUAGUAUAUGUAUACCUGUAUACAAAUUGUGUAUACACGUACGCACGAGAGAGAAACAGAGAGAGAGAGAGAGAGAGAGAGAGAGAGAGAGAGAGAGAGACAGGAACAUACAAACGCAUACAACUACACGACCGUAUACUAAACUUAACAAUAUUACGUAAUAGUACCUACGUAUGCAGAUACAUACUAUCGUAACGAUUAUUAUGAUUAUUAUGAUUAAUUGAUAUUACUUACAGAGUAAUCACACCUUCGUAAUUAAACCGAUUAAAGAGGAAAAAAAAGGGAAACGAAAAGACAUAAGACGUGCUACCAUAUAUAACGUUAUAUAUUAUAUAUGAUGCAUUCGAAAACUUUGUGAUAACCGAUUACACACAUUUUUUCGGGUUACGACGUGAGGCGAACGUGGCAAUUGUCGGCAAGUAACGUAUUGUUAUUAUUGUAAAUGUGUCAUAUACAUAGCAUGCAUAAAACGAAUGAAACAACAAAAAAUAAAUAAAUUGACAAACCUUCGAUAUUUCCAUACCGAUCGCGACGAGGUGGAAUGUUCUGUUGAAUUUUUUGUUCUUAUUUUCUUUCUUUUUGAAAUUCAGACCUGGGCAAGCGUGACAGGUGACGAGAAAAAUAGCGGCAUGGAAAGUUAAAUGUUUAAAAAAAAGAAAAAAGAGAGUAAAAGAUUGUCACGGAACUAAGUAUUUGCGUAAUGGGAAGUAAGCUGAGAUUUCAAUUGAAAAUUUUGUAUUGCGCUACUACGUGAAUAAUUCUCAUGCUGUAAUUUAUUGUAGGAUUUGGAUAUCUUGUUUACAAUCGAAUUUCGAGGUGUUAACGAAAUAAAUGGAACGUCUUAUGUAACUUUGUAAAAUUGUCACGGCCAAUCCGGGUCGUUCAAUGCGUGACGGAUUAUCGACUGAUAGUGCAGCGACGACGCGAAUACAAAGGAUAAA